AUGGGCCAAGAUAUCAGCAUUCCAAAGCCGACGAGUCAGUCACAAGGACCUGAAGAGACGAUAAUAAGUACUCUGGGUUCAGUCAGCAAAUCCAUAAGCCAAAUACCCAGCCUUUUCAACAAUGCAGACAAAAUAACCAAUGUCGUCGAGAAGGCCAUGCCCGCUGUCAAAAUCCUGGCAUCCCAUGGCAAAUACCUGGCCGGCUUUCACAUAUACUUCGUCGCUGCGGGCGUGACCGCGCAGUUCAUCCAGGUCUAUCAAGGACAGCAGGUCGUGGCAGAGCUGCGCGGGAUCCGACGAGAGCUAGAGGCACAGACCCGUCUUGAUGCUCCGGAAAAGUUUGCGGCUCAAGUCUACGGAUACAUCGACAUGAUGACCAAAAGCACAUCCAAGUCCACUAAGAAGCACCUCUACUUUGUCUACCACCCCGAUACCGAUUGGCACCCUUAUUUCUGCAAGUCGGUGGAAAGGAAACCGACUCCGAAUACCUUCUUCGGCAUGGCUGAGAACCUCGACACACUGUGUAUUUGGAUGCGAUAUCUUCGGGCUGUGUUCACCAAAUCAGGAGAAUGGGGAAAGGAUCCCGUGUUCCAUAUCUUGAUGCCCACAUAUCGCGAGCUCCACAUCGAGGAACCUUUAGCCUUUGCCGAAGCACUACACCCUCUUUGCCUUCACGGCUUCGUCCACAACAGCAAGUGCUCCGUCAACAUAAAUCUACACGGCAUCGACCCAGAAAUGCUGGACGGAAUCGGAAUCUGGAAAAGGCCUCCGAACUUGUUCGGACUUUUCCAAUCCAAAGAAGCCCCUAGGAUUCUCGGGGAGGUUCCCACGUCCGCCGACGACGUCCUUUUCAUGGAGAAUGGCCUUCGCAGAGUCCGCAAGAAAAAGAAGCGGCGCCACUAG